UAUUUUGAUCAACUUCUUAUCAUAUUACACCAGCUAAACGAGUAAAAGUAAAGAAAUGAUCUUUGUUAGCUUUGCUAGCUAACGUUGGCCAACCGGAAACGGAAAUGAUGACGACAUCAUUACGCUCUGACGUGUUGACGUUGUUGACAAUUUGAAAAUGAUGCUCGGACUGUUGGAGCUGCUGAAGCCUGAAAAUCAAAAUCAAAACUAGAAGUUGCAGAGUGGAAACUGUGACAUUAACCUGGAGACAGACUCUUUUAAGGUUUUAUGAUAGUUUGACAUGAAUCCUCAGUGUUUGUGAUGAUUUAUUAGCUCGCUGAGGGAACAAAUGAGGGACCAAUAAGCUAAGCUAGCUCCAUUUAAACUACCUGCUCGCGUCAAGCUGAAGCAGCUGGACGGUGAUGAACUCUGAGCUGAAAAUAAAAAGAGUUUCUUGGAGGAAAAGGUCGAGAGAAAGCCUGAAGACUGAGCUGAGUCCUGCCGGGAAGAGAGCAGCAGGAGCCGGCAGCUGUCCACCGCGAUGUCCCGGCACCUGGAGGCUCAGCGGCGGCAUGGCUCACUCACAGCCCGCUGAGUUCUGCAGUGACAGCGAGGACCUGUUCGGGGACUAUGACAGCCUGCUGGAGGACAGCUCGCUGCUGGCUCAGCUGGACGACGCCGAGCAGACGGAGAGACGGCAGGAUGUCCAGCCGGACUUCACCGCCCUGCGUCCCUCUAAAGACGGCGCCCGGGACCAGCAGCCCUGCGAGGACGUCCUCACAGACUCCAUCCUGGAUGUGCUUGGGGAUGAACCCUUGGAGGACUUACCGUCCAGCCAGCUCCAGUUUCAGGAACACGUGAGGAGAAGCCGGCCGCAGCAGGACGCAGGUCUGAAAACCUCCACACCAUCCAGAGACGUGGAGGCCCGGAGCAGGAGACGGACGGCAGGGAGGAGGAGCAGCAUGGCGGAGCAGCUGAAGAGGACAAUGCUCUGUAACGCCGCGUCACCUGCCGCCGUCUCUCGCUCCGCCGCGUUGAAGGAAGCCGUGGUCUCGGAGGAGAUCAGCGUCGCCGUGCAGGCCAUGGAGACGGUCUGCGGCGACGCCACCGACCUCGGGCCGUUCUUUGGACUCCCGUCGAAGGUCAAAGACCUGAUGUCCAAACUGAGAAACAUCGACAGCCUUUAUGCCUGGCAGGAGACAUGUCUGAACCUGGACUGUGUGCGUCAGAGGAAGAACCUGAUCUACUCGCUGCCGACCAGCGGAGGGAAAACUCUGGUGGCAGAGAUCCUCAUCCUGCGGGAGCUGCUGUGCAGAAAGAAGGACUGUCUGUUCAUCCUGCCGUACAUCUCGCUGGUGCAGGAGAAGGUGCGUGGGCUGGCGACCUUUGGCCUGGAGCUGGACUUCAUGGUGGAGGAGUACGCCGGCAGCAAAGGCAGGUUUCCUCCGGUGAAGAGAAGAAACAAUAAAUCGCUGUACAUCGCUACGAUCGAGAAGGCCCACAGCCUUGUCAACUCUCUGAUCGAGACGGGCAGGAUCGACAACCUCGGGCUGGUGGUGGUCGAUGAGCUUCACAUGUUGGGUGACGGCAGCAGAGGAGCCAUUAUUGAAAUGACUCUGUCCAAAGUUCUCUACACGACCAAAUCUACUCAGAUUAUCGGAAUGAGCGCCACGCUGGGAAACAUCAGAGACCUGCAGAAGUUUCUGAGGGCUGAGAAUUACACAAAUGACUUCAGGCCUGUUCAGCUGAAAGAGUACGUUAAACUUCAGGACACCAUCUAUGAGGUGGACCCAAAGGAGGAGGACUGUUUCAGAUUCUCACGUCUCCUGAACUUUAAGUACUCCAGUUCGAUGCAGAAGCUGGACCCGGAUCACAUCAUCGCUCUGGUGACCGAAGUCAUCCCGACACACUCCUGUCUGGUUUUCUGUCCCACCAAGAAGAACUGUGAGAACGUGGCAGCAAUGAUCUGCAAAUAUCUCAAAGAGGAGUUCUUGCGGUUGCGUGAAGCGGAGAAGGCGGUUCUGCUGAGUCAGCUGCGGGAGUCUGGGGGCGGGGCCGUGUGCCCGGUGCUGAAGCGGACGGUGCCAUACGGUUUGGCAUAUCACCACAGCGGGCUGACGGCGGAGGAGCGGCGUCUGGUGGAGGAGGCGUACUCCAGCGGCGUGCUGUGUCUCCUCGCCUGCACAUCCACGCUGGCAGCGGGGAUCAACCUCCCGGCCCGCAGGGUGAUCCUGCGCUCGCCGUACGUGGCGGCGGACUUCCUGAAGAGGAGCCAGUACAAGCAGAUGGUAGGCCGGGCCGGGCGGGCUGGCAUCGACGCUGUGGGGGAGAGUAUCCUGAUCCUGCAGGACAAGGACCGCAACAUGGCAAAGACUCUGGUGUGCGCCCCGAUGGAAAACUGUUACAGUCAGCUGCUGCAGGACGAAGGGAAAGGCCUGCUGAGUCUCAUCCUGUCUCUCAUCGGGUUAAAUGUCACCACGUCCGUGAAGCAGCUGCUGGACUUCCUGAGUGGGACGCUGCUGUGGGUGCAGCAGCAGCAGCUGUGUGAGGAGGCGAGUCUGACGGAGGAGGUGCAGCAGCAGGUGGACCUGCUGAGGGACAAACAGCUGGUCACUGUGGCUGCAGACGGUCUCACGCUGCAGGUUACCAGACUGGGCAGAGCCACUUAUAAAGGCUCGGUGGACCUGUCCUACAGUGACCUACUCUACAGAGAUCUGUGUAAAGGUCUGGAGGCUCUGCUGCUCAACAGCUACCUGCACCUGGUCUACCUGGUGACCCCGUACGACCUGGUGUCCCAGUGCAAACCGGACUGGAGGACCUUCUUCACACAGUUCACGCGGCUGUCGAUUGCAGAGCAGAAGAUGGCAGCGGCGGUCGGCGUCCCCGAGAGCUUCGUGGCGAGGAAAGCUGCAGGACAGACAGUCCGGAAGCCGGUGGACCUGGAGGCGGUGUCUCGGAUGUACCUGGCUCUGGUGAUCUUCUGUCUGCUGAAGGAGUCGAGUGUUUGGAUCGUAGCAGAAAAGUUCCAGCUGAGUCGCGGUUUCGUCCAGAGUCUGCUGAGUUCAUCGGCGGCGUUCUGCUCCUGCGUGCUUCACUUCACCGAGGAGCUGGAGGAGCUGUGGCCCUUCAAGUCCCUUCUGGCCGAGCUGACCCGCCGGCUGAGCUACUGUGUGACUGCGGAGCUCGUCCCUCUGAUGGAGGUGGCUGGAGUCAUGGAGUCCAGAGCGAAGCAGCUGUAUAACGCCGGCUAUAAAACGCUGACUCAGCUGGCAAACGCCGACCCCGCCGUGCUCGCCAGCACCGUAGAAAACCUGUUCAGGAAACAAGCCAAUCAGAUCAUCGCCUCGGCCAAGAUGCUGCUGAACGAGAAAGCUGCAGCGCUGCAGGAGGAAGUGGACGAGCUGCUGAGGAAACCUUCAGAAUAAAACUCACCUGAGCCCUUUAUUAUUUAUUCACUUUGUGUGAUUUUUACUCUUUCAUGUGUUUGAUAUUAAAAUAAUGUACAAAAAGUGUUUAUUUAUUGUCUGUUUUUAAUAGAGAGAUCAGUGAAGUUUAAUAACAUUAACAUGAAUUAAAGAUAAAAGAAAAUAAAACAAUUCAACCCUCUGAACACCAUCACUGAAACUUCAGUUUUUUUUAAAUAUACAAACAAAAAUCCAGAUUUUAUUGUAGAGGGAAACUGUUAAAUAUGCAUUAUCAUCAGAGUUUGAACUUUCUGACUGUCCUUAAACAGAUCAUCAGUUAUAAAAAGUGACCAAAAUGUGUGUUAAAUGUUGAUAUUUUUGUCAGAAUCUCUUUAUUCUCCAUGUGUGAUUUAAAAUAAAGUGUUUGCACUAACCAGAUCCUGUUAAAAACAUUAAAUUCUGCUCCUCAGAGACACUGUGAAGACAUGAUUGAUUCUGCUGAGACCAACGGUCACGUGACAAAUAUUCACUGAGAAUCU